AUGCGUCUAAAACUGAUGAACAUUGGACGACAAAUGUGGCAACGAAAUAUGAGCAGCCAAUCAGGACGCACAGCGUACAUCAGUGAGGUUCAAAAAUUGCAAAGCAGCAGUUUCUAUCCGGUUUAUGUGGGCAAAACAGAGAUUAAUGAACGCCUUCUCACUGGAGACAUAUCAUGCACUGUCAAUCCAAAAAAGGAGACACAGAAACCCCAGCCUUUAUGGAGCAUCAUUCAUGCUGGUGGAGCACGUGGUUGGGUUCCCUGGAACUACAAGUUACAUGCUUACUUGAGUAACUUUAAGGUGAGAGCAGAUGAGACCAUAUUUCCAGAGUUGUGUUCUACGUUAAAGGACCACUAUGGAAAAUGUGCCAUUAUUGUCAACCCAAAAGUCUCAGAAGACACUCAGAACGGAAAGACUGAAAAUUCUCUCUAUCCUACAUUUCCAGUGAAGUUUUUACCAAUGAUCUGUUGUCCAAAAGUGGCUGAAUCCUAUGGCCAUAAAAUGUUGAGGACUUUCAACUACUAUUCACCUAUCAACAUCGCAUGGUCCAAUCUUAAGUGGUUUAUAAAAAUCAACAGAGAAAAAUUCACAGAGGAGAUACUCUGCGGACAGAUCCGGCAUAAAAUGAUAGACUUUGAUGAGUUAUUAGAGGCAGCUCUUAAUAACAUGACCCCAGACAAAUGGAAGGACGCAGUAACAAAUGAGUUGGAGAGCCGUUCUAAACAGGAAUACAAACCCACACACUGA